AUGGUGCCUGUUCAGAAAUGGUGGCAGGCUCCCUAUUUCUGGGUCGGCACCAAGGCCUAUGACUUCUUGGCUGGUUCCGAGGGCAUUGAGACUUCGUACUUCCUAACCAAGAGUAAGGCCAUUGAUGCAUUUCCCAUGUUGAAGCGUGACAGCAUCGUUGGAGCAAUGGUGUACUAUGAUGGUGCACACAACGACUCCCGCAUGAACGUCUCGCUCGCCAUGACUGCUGCGCUCUACGGUACCACAGUGGUCAACCACUUGGAGGUCACCGGACUGAACAAGGAUGCAUCCGGCAAGUUGUGCGGUGCGCGCGCCAAGGACAUCGUCACAGAAAAGGAUGGCCAGGUCGCCAAGGAGUUCAACAUUCGUGCCAAGGGUAUCAUCAACGCCACUGGUCCCUUCUCUGAUUCCAUUCGCAAGAUGGAUGAGCCCAAUGUCAAGGAGAUUGUGGCCCCCAGUGCUGGUGUCCAUAUCAUCCUGCCUGGUUACUUCAGCCCCUCAAACAUGGGUCUGAUUGACCCUUCCACCUCGGAUGGACGUGUCAUCUUCUUCCUGCCGUGGCAGGGUAACACCAUCGCUGGUACUACUGACCAGCCCUGUGAGAUUGAGGCCCAGCCCCAGCCCACUGAGAAGGACAUCAACUGGAUUCUUUCGGAGAUUCGUGGCUACAUCGCCUCAGAUAUCACCGUGGACCGAAGCGACGUCCUUGCUGCUUGGUCUGGUAUUCGUCCCUUGGUGCGCGAUCCUAAGGUGAAGAACUCGGAGGCUCUCGUCCGCAACCACCUGGUGACCGUCUCGCAGUCUGGACUAUUGACUUGCGCCGGUGGUAAGUGGACUACUUACCGCCAGAUGGCUGAGGAGGCUGUAGAUGAGGCGGUCAAGGUAUUCAAGCUUAAGCCCCGUCAGCUUACCACACUUCCCGACAUCAGUGGUGUCGGCGGAAGUGGACUGGUUGCUGACGGUGCCGUUCUCGACGGUAGCUGCCAGACGCAUCAGGUGCGCCUCAUCGGUGCCCACGGUUUCUCCAAGACCCUCUUCAUCAACCUUAUUCAGCACUUCGGUCUUGAGACCGACGUGGCCAAGCACCUUACCGAGUCAUACGGUGACCGCUCAUGGCAGGUUGCUGCCUUGUCUUCCCCUACUAGCGAACGUUUCCCCGUGCGCGGCUGCCGGAUCUCCCCAAUGUACCCCUUCAUUGAUGGCGAGGUCCGCUACGCCGUCCGUCAUGAGUAUGCCCAGACCGCGGUCGAUGUGAUUGCCCGUCGCACCCGUCUGGCUUUCCUGAACGCCGAAGCCGCCCUUGAAUCCCUCCCCACUGUGAUUGAUAUGAUGGCAGAGGAAUUGAAAUGGACCACCGCUCGCAAAGAUCUCGAGUGGAAGGAUUCCUUGACUUACCUUUCGUCCAUGGGUCUGCCCAAGAGCUUCAUGGGCCUUUCGCGUCAUGAUGUUCAGAACGGCCGUGUUACGCAGGUUGACGACGCCGAGCGUGCGACUUUCUCUCGUGAUGAACCUCCUGCAGACAUGAUUGAGAGUGACGACACCCAUUCACAUUCGGAAAGUGCCACACCCGAACUUGCUAGUAGUUUCAGCUUCUUCAACUUCUUCAACCUCCUUAGUCUCCUCAACCUCUUCAAUUUCAGUGCAUUGUAUCAACAUUCGCACAUAAUGAAGCCCAAUCAGUCUGAUGUUGACCUCCAAUCGCUGAGCUUUGUGAAGCCCAAGUUGCAUUUGGACAAAGAGUCUGUCUUACCAAAGCCAGAGUUGGCGGAACAGGAUCCCUUUGGCGAUGAAAGCCAAGCUGGCGUGAAGUACAAGACCAUGGUCUGGUGGCAAGCCGGCAUGAUUAUGAUCGCAGAAACUAUCUCGCUUGGUAUUCUCGCGCUGCCCAAAGCGCUUGCAGUACUAGGUCUUAUUCCCGGUGUCCUAGCCAUCCUUGGGGCUGGGAUAAUCUCGACAUAUACUGCAUAUACCAUUGGGCAAUUCAAAUGUCGCCAUGUCCAAGUGCACAGCAUGGCCGAUGCUGGUGAACUUCUGAUGGGAAGGACCGGACGGACUACAUUGGAUGUGGCCCAGCUCAUCUUUUUCGUGUUGGUGAUGGGGAGCCAUGUCCUCACUUUUUCGAUCAUGAUGAAUGUCCUCACUGAACAUUCCACUUGCACCAUCAUCUUUUCGGUUGUCGGUUUACUCGCAUCGUUCUUGCUGACCCUUCCACGGCGACUUGAGAGACUUUCUCACAUCUCCUCCUUGAGCUUUGUGAGUAUCGUGGGAGCAGUACUCACUGGUAUGAUUGGGGUCACCCUUGUCAAACAAGGACCAGUGCAUGUCCCGGCCUUUUCGCCUUCGCCCAAAUUACAUGAUGCGUGCCUUGCUAUUGCAAAUAUCAUUUUUGCGUACGCAGGACAUGUUGCAUUUUUUACCCUUUUCUCUGAGCUCAAGGAGCUCCAUGACUUUCCCAAAGCCCUGGCGCUUCUGCAGAUGAGUGAAAUGAUCUUGUAUACUGUGUCUGCCAUUGUGAUAUAUGCCUAUGUUGGGCCGACUGUCAGCUCACCUGCUCUCAAUUCUGCAGGACACCUGUUUCGUAAGAUCUCUUACGCAAUCGCAAUACCAACGAUUGUGAUCGGGGGUGUGGUGAACGCCCACGUUGCCGUCAAAUUCAUUUACGUUCGUGUCUUCCGGGGAACCAAUUCGAUGCAUAGCCAGUCAUUCAUGGCACGGUUGGCGUGGGCUGCAAUAAGUGCGGCGCUUUGGAUCUCAUCUUGGAUCAUCACCGAGGGAAUACCGGUUUUCAAUGAUGUACUAGGGCUUGCGGUGUGUACUACCUAUCUGACUCUGGCCCUGACCCAACCUCGGAACGAGCACUGA